AUGCCGAGGCAACAUGGCAGACCAAGUAAGCAGACAGGUGGCAGGAACACUGAACCUACCAAUAGGGGCCCGGAGGUUGGGGAGAACCCACCGGGUGGCAAAAAGAAGGUGAAUGAUUCAGUGGGUCAGGAGACGAUGUCCGAGGGAGAGUCUAGUACUCCCCAAGCAAGGUCUGCUUAUGUUUUAUUUGAUCCUAGUGCCACACAUUCAUUUAUAUCUAGCAUGUAUGCACUUAUAGAUAGGUUGGUUAAACCUAUGCCUGAAGAGUUAUUUAUCUCUACCCCUUUGGGAGAUGUGAUAAACUUCUAUGCUGAUUUACUUCCUUUAGAACUGUUGGAGUUUGAUGCUAUCCUGGGGAUGGAUUUUCUAAGGAAUUUGAUAUCGAUAGUGAACGCUCGGAAGCUAUUGAGCAAGGGAUGUAAAGCCUAUCUGGCUCAUGUGAUGGUUGCUCAAGGGAAAGAGCUGAACCCAGAAGAUGUCCCAGUAGUAAAUGAAUUUCAGGAUGUAUUUCCUGAAGAAUUAUCGAGAUUACCACCUGACAGGGAGGUGGAGUUUAUUAUUGACUUAGUUCCAGGAACAACUCCUAUAUCGCAGGCACCGUAUAGAAUGGUGCCGACUGAGUUGAAAGAACUAAAGGUUUAG